ACGUCGCGUAGUUCUUCGGCGAAAUAUUGUGGGUUGGAAUUCCUGUGGUAAAUUACUCGCAUUUCUCAUCUCUCUAGCAUCUCUCUUUAGUACAAACAUGGCUUUUCGUUAUGAGGAAGCAAAAACUUCAAAACUGGGCAAGCAAAUGUUCAAAUCACUAACCGGAAUCGAUCAUGGAUCAAACAUAAAUUUAAAAGACCAUAUUUUAUCGAUGUAUAAAUCAGUAGAAGACUUGAAAGAAAAAGCAAAGGCUGACCAAGACUGGCAAGCACAAGUUGAUUUGGCUAUGGCUUAUCAAUACGGUGUACCAGAACUGAAUAUUGAAAAAGAUCUUGAUUCUGCAAUAGGCUGGUACGAAUCUUCCAUACACGGUGGCAACUGCAUCCCUACAAGUAUCCUAAGUCUUGGCACUUUACACGACAUCAAAGGAACAGUUCGUCAUCAAAGAAGAGCAUAUGAACUGUACGUACAAGCAGCCAGUCUUGGCUCUUUACAAGCUGCAUCAAAUGUAGCAGAAAUGUUUAGAUGUGGGGUGGAAGGGGUAGUCAAUGAGGAUUUACAAGAAGCUUUCAAGUGGUACAGAAGAGCAGCUGGUGAAGAACCAUUCAGUGAUGAGCAAGGAGACACCAGUAACCCCUCCUCUUAUUUAAUAAAAGGGACAAUGAGAAAUUUAGGUAUUGAUGCAAAAUUAGAAGCAUUAAAAAGACUACACAAAUACUACAUGGCAGGAGAGUGUCCAGAAGGGCAACCUCAGCCAUUUAAGGCAGUACACUACUUAAAGAAGGCUGCUGAGCUGGGUGAUCCUGAAGCUCAAAGAGUACUUGGAUUAUCUUAUCUGACUGGGGAGAGUGGAAAUCCAAAAGACUUAAACAAAGCAAAGAGAUGGCUGGGAAAAGCAGCUAACAGUGAUGACCAAGAGGCAAAACAGGCUCUCAAGAAGCUAGAAGAACAAGGCAUAGUCGUACAACCAGUAACUGAUGAACUGUCGCCAAUCAGCAGUUUUCAACAACAUUGUGAAAUUUUGAAAAUGAAUGUAGAGCAACAACAGCAUCCUCUCGUGAUACAGAAUCCAAUAAUGUUCCAGGAAGUCACAUUUACACAGUACCCUGACUCACCUACCGCUCAGCGCUAUCUUAAAGCUUUUCGACUUGUAAAGAAAGGAUUAGAGAACCUUCAAAGUAGUGGCUUUACAGAUGCAGAAGCAAUAAAACGAAUGGCAUUGGGAGUCCUGUAUGAAAAUUCUAUCACACAGUCAUUCCUUUACAUAACCGGAUCCAGUCACUUCAAAGCUUCAUUAUUUGUUUACAUUUCUAGUCUUCUUAAGACUAAUCCUACUUUUUUUGAAGGAUUACUGCUAAUCAUUAAAUUAUUUCCCAUGCAAGCAAAAUUGAAUUUGGAGAGUUGCAAACUAGAUGUCAAAAAGGCCACAUCUUUGAAAAAUCUGAUUUAUUUGAUUAAGAAAGCAGAGCCAGACAAGCCUCCAAUAGGAGAGCCAUACAAAUUUGAAGGAGAUUACAGUAGCUGGCUGCAUGAGCUUUAUUAUCACUUAGGCUCUCUAUACAUUGUUACAGAUUGCUUUAAGGAUGGUGCACAAGCCUUCCAGGAAGCACUGAAUUGUUGUCCCAAUUAUUUUGAGGCAAAAUUACCUUUAGCCUAUUGCUUCAUGAAUAUGGCAGCUAAAAAAAAGAACAAAGAAAAUGCACCCAACCCUGACGAGGUAUUAUUGGAGACAUUUGAACCACCUGAAAACCAGAGAGUACCCAAGGGGGACUACAUUACAUGGACAGAAGACCAGCUCCGACAAAAAGCCAAGCAGCUUUUUAUGGAGUAUCUACAAGAAGCACCAGAGUGUGACAAGAAGUACCCCCAUGCUCACUAUCACUUGGCACUCCUACACAUGCUUGAGGGAAACAUGGAGGAAGCUGUGAAGUGGAAAGAAAAAGGGGAAGAUGCAGAAGUAAAGAGAUUACCAUUCACGGGUCCUGUUGUAGUGGGCUCCAAGGAACUGUUGGCAAUGCUAGAUUUUCUUCCACAAAAUGCAAAAAAUAAAUGCAGUAACAAAACCUGCCCUGAAAAAAGAAGUGGAAAAUUGAAACUAAAACCAUGUCCGUGUCACAAAGCUUCUUAUUGUGGAAGUCAAUGCCAAUCAGCAGACUGGAAGGAACACAAGAAAAUUUGUUCACAUAAAAAGAAAACAGGAACAGAAAAGUGAUUAGAAAUGAGAAUAUUAUUCCCAGAUUUAAUGGGUAUGAACAAACAAUCAAAUGGUUACCUGACAUGCACCAGAGCUUGUCGAUUUCAAGGUUACUUACUAGAUACUGUGGUACGACGGUGGUACAGUAUAAGAAAGCGCUAUAUAUUGUAGGUUUCCCAAUGAGGGCUUUAAAUGAAAAUCAUCAGUUGUUUUUUUCUGGGGUGGAAAGGGCCAGAGAUUUCUAGCAAAUAUUUUUUCCAGAUAAUGGAAUAAUAUCAAGUCCAACCCUGCCUCUCCUGGAAAUUCUUUAAGGUUGACUUUGGGACAAAAUUAAAUCUCUGAUGUCUGACCAUGCAAUAUACACCUACUUGCAAGAAGGUUGUCAUACAAUUAUUGAACAUUAGUAAUUUAGUGAGAAAGCAAUACAUUAAAAGACAAAAGAAAAAGUUCAGCUUCAGUGAUCUUCUUUUGUUUUUUAAUAUAAUCCCUAUCCCACUAAAUCACUAAUGUUCUAUAUUCGUAUGACAACGUUCUUGAAAGUAGGUGUAGGUGCACCAUUUCUGUAGGCAUCUAUUAUUAUGUCUCAGUUUUUUCUAUGGUAGAGUGCGUGCGUUAAAGACGCAAAUUGUCUCUUGAUUAUGUUCUGGUUGGGUGUAACCAUUAGUCACUAAAUAGUACUAGAGUGCACGCACUAAAACCGUGAACAUUAAAUAGUACUAAUUAGUACUAUUUCAUACAGAAUCCUUUAUUUCUA